AUGGCAAAAACUUACGAUCAUUUAUUUAAAUUACUUCUGAUAGGUGAUUCUGGAGUCGGAAAAACGUCUAUAUUAUUUAGAUUCUCUGAAGAUGCUUUCAAUAUAUCAUUUAUAUCGACCAUCGGUAUUGACUUUAAAAUACGGACAAUAGAUCUUGAUGGGAAAAAAGUAAAAUUACAAAUAUGGGACACGGCAGGUCAAGAGAGAUUCCGCACGAUAACAACGGCAUACUACAGAGGUUCUAUGGGAAUAAUGCUUGUUUAUGAUGUUACAAAUGAGAAAAGUUUUGAAAAUAUUAAAAAUUGGAUUAGAAAUAUAGAAGAAAAUGCCAGUGCUGAUGUGGAAAAAAUGAUUCUUGGUAAUAAGUGUGAUUUGGAUGAACAAAGACAGGUAUCAAAAGAAAGAGGUGAACAAUUAGCAAUAGAAUAUCAAAUUAAAUUUGUAGAAACUUCUGCAAAGGACUCAUUAAAUGUUGAAUAUGCAUUCUAUACAUUAGCAAGGGAUAUUAAAGCAAAAAUGGAGAAAAAACAGGAGGCGAGUAACCCCCCCGGAGGCCGCGGCGGCGCGCACCAGCUGCGGGCGAACGAGCAACAGCGCAAGCCCACGUCGUGGCUGUCGCGCUGCUCCCUGCUC